AUGGAUCCCUCGACACUCGUGCGCGUCCUCGCAGUGUGGUUGCACCGCCGUCGCAUGCAACGAGAUGCGCGUAUCAAGGCUUUGGCAUACCACAUCUUCGCCUACAUCAACAAGUCGCCGAAGCGCAUGUCCAUUCUCAAGGGCACACUGUGGGUUGAUGAAGUCCUCUCCGGGAACCCCAACAAUUGCAUGGAAACGUUUCGAAUGCCACGAACAACGUUCGACAAGCUUGUGGUCCGCAACAGUUCGACACGGCACCUGCGAUCCGUGAUGGCCGCCAUGCGACGAAUGUGCCAGCUGUACAUCAAGAUGCCGUCAACAACAAGCCCCGUCCACCCAAACAUUCUCCACAGCCGCAAGUUCUUCCCAUUUUUCUCGAAUUGCCGCAUGGCCAUGGACGGCACCCAUAUCCCAGUGGCUGUCCCAUCGAGCAUGGUUGCCCGAUUCCAAAGUCGGAAGGGCGUCACAAUGAACGUCUUGGCUGCCUGCGACUUCGACCUCAAGUUCACAUUCGUUCUGGCUGGCUGGGAGGGGACCGCAGGAGACGGCAAGAUGUUCGAAGCGGCCAAACGAUUGGGAAUUGAGGCAACCGGUGACCAAUUCGACUUGAUGGACGCUGGCUUCGCACUCACGAAGCAUUGCCUCACUCCAUAUCGUGGGACGCGUUACCACUUGAAGGAGUAUGGGCGGGGGUCACGUCGUCCACUGACCAAGGAAGAAAUCUUCAACCUCCGGCACGGGCAGCUUCGGAAUGUGAUUGAAAGGAUUUUUGGCAUUCUGAAAAAGCGUUUUCCUGUGCUUGUGUAUCCAGUUGAGUAUGAUUUUGCCUUCCAAGUGGAUAUGGUUUUGCUGCCGCCGACGAUGAAGCUCAAAGAAACGACCGAGUUGAAGAUGCUGUACCAGACGAGCCAGAAAGCAACGAAGCCAAGCUUUGGCGAGACUCAAUUUGCUUCAGCGAUUUGGAGCCAGUACCAAACAACACUGCGCAACCGCCAUUUCUCGGGACUCACCCCGCAUACGGACGAAUUGAGUGGCCUUUGCUGGAUCCUCGAUGACUUCAUAUGCGAAGGACAUCUCUUCCCCAUCCAAAAUGUCGUCGAAGUCGUCUUGCAAAGCAUCUGUGGCGACUUCAACCGGGCAUCUUUCUUUCGUCUUGCCGCCGGUGAGACCUUCAAUCAGCAAGGCCACAUCCGCCUUGCCUGA